CCUCAUUGACGCUUCCCUCCACCACCUCCGUCUCGGUAGUGAUCUCUGUCAUCACGAGGGUCCAGACACGACUCCAACUAUCAAAAGUAUUUCCAUCAUCAUAAAUUCAUCGACCCCAGGAUGGCUGCGAUAAUGCUGUCCAACUGUAAUCGAUUACUCCCCCGUGCUCUGACACGUCUGACAUCAUCCUCUCGCAUUAAGGUUGCAAGGUCGAUCCACCAUGAGGGACGAGUGCUGAGGAGAAUCAGAUGCUCUGGGACUCGAUUGGAUAAUUUGCAUAAUGAAUUCAACGGGAGUUACUGCUGGAAUACUCAGAUGAGACGAAUUCGAUCGACCCAGGGAUUAUGGGCCCUGCAGGACGUCGUCGUACCUCCCUUCGCUGAGAGUGUGAGUGAGGGAGAUGUUAGGUGGGAGAAAAAGGUCGGAGACCAAGUAAAGGAGGACGAUGUACUCUGUGAGAUCGAAACCGACAAGACCUCCGUGCCAGUGCCUUCACCGGGUGCUGGUGUAAUAAAAGAGUUAUUCGUGGAGGACGGAACAACGGUAAAAGCAGGCCAGAAGCUCUGCAGCAUCGACCUAGGAGCAACGGGUGGAGCUGCCCCGUCAGCUAAAGCCGAGGCACCAAAAGCAGCUCCUCCACCACCACCACCAGCAGCUGCUGCAGCACCUCCAUCACCACCGCCAACCCCUGCAGCAGCUGCUCCACCACCACCACCACCACCUCCACCUGCAUCAGCACCACCUCCACCCCAACGACCAACCGCCUCGAUGCCAGUAGCUGCCAUAAAACACGCCCAAUCCCUGGAGGGAGCAAAAGUCCAGCUGCCCCCAGCCGAUUACACUCGCGAAAUCAUUGGAACACGAACUGAACAACGAGUCAAGAUGAAUCGCAUGAGAUUGCGCAUUGCUGAACGCCUCAAGGACGCCCAGAACACCAAUGCAAUGCUCACGACAUUCAACGAGAUAGACAUGAGUAAAAUCAUUGAAUUCAGAAAAGAGAAUCAGGAGAAUUUCACCAAGAAAUAUGGACUUAAGCUGGGAUUCAUGAGUCCCUUCUUGGCAGCCAGUGCUUAUGCCCUCAAGGAUCAGCCAGUGGUCAAUGCUGUUAUCGAUGGAGGCGAUAUUGUUUAUCGUGAUUACGUGGAUAUCAGUGUGGCUGUUGCGACACCCAAGGGACUGGUUGUCCCAGUACUCAGAAGCAUUGAGAAUAAAAAUUUUGCUGAGAUUGAAAUAGCACUGGCUGCCAUUGGGGAUAAAGCCAGAAAGGGCAAGAUAUCUGUGGAAGAUAUGGACGGUGGAACCUUCACAAUUAGCAAUGGUGGAGUUUUUGGAUCACUCAUGGGCACACCAAUUAUCAAUCCACCCCAAAGUGCUAUCCUGGGAAUGCAUGGAGUCUUCGACAGACCCAUUGCCGUCAAGGGACAGGUUGUCAUACGUCCGAUGAUGUAUGUCGCCCUGACCUACGAUCACCGGCUGAUCGAUGGUCGUGAAGCUGUCAUGUUCCUUCGUAAAAUUAAGGAUGCCGUUGAGGAUCCUAGAAUUAUUCUUGCUGGUCUCUAAAUCACUUCACUAAGUUAACGCUUUUCAGGGACUCUGGCAAGUUCAUUUAUCGCUUAAUCGACAUACAUCGCAAUCAUCCACUACUCCAUUAUUUAUCACACAAGUCUGGAUAAAUGUACAGUACGUUAUUUAUAAUUAAUGAGAAAAAAGAAAAACUUUAUAACAGAAAAUUUGUGACGGAUGCAGUGGGCGAAGUCCAUCAACAGUUGUAACCUGAUCAAUCAUUAAAUGUGUUCUUGAAUUUUAUCAUUACGACGGAUAAGAAUUUUUUCUUUUUUUGUCAUUUGCGAAAGAAAAAAUGCUCAAAUGACUGCGAUGUACAUGCGAUUAGAGCACAGAUUGUUGUAUAUAAUAUAUAAGUGUGAGACCAUACAAAUCUUCAUUUUCACGAAAACAUCGAGACCAUCGAGUUGAUAAAAAGUACUCAAGACAUCACGAUCUCAGGAAUGAGAAGAAAAAGAAAA